UUAAAACGUGCUGUGAUGUAUGUUGCAACGCAAGACGGAUUAUUUGAGCAUUUCCUUUAAUCUUCGAUAACUCAGAAACUAUGAUAUUGCACGUAGGCGGUCAAAUCGAUAUUCUUCGUAAAUGGUUGAUAGAUAUGUUUCCGACGAAAGGAAAACUGUCCAAGGAAAAUAGUUUGAGUCCCUUGAUCGUAGACAAAAUAAUCAAGAAACAUCAGCAAAUCAUCACCUUUUCAGAACACAUCGAAGAACUGUACACAAAUAUCGCGAUGGUGCUGUUCGUGUCGGAUACUUUAAUUAUCUGCUGUUUGGGUUAUAUACUCGUCGCGUCAGUGGGAACGCCCGGUGCUAUGAAAAUUAUAAUGAGAACAAUCUUGUUUUAUGUCGUUUCAAUUAUGGAGUCGUUUAUUUACUGCUUUACUGGAGAUUAUCUAACUAAUAAGAGCAACAGCAUCGGGGAUGCUGCAUAUAAUUCUUACUGGUACGAAGGAAAUUCCAAACAGAAUCGAUUUAUAGUGCUUUUGAUAAUGAGAGCGCAGAAGCAAUUAACUAUUACAAUUGGAAAAAUUAUGGAUUUAUCCAUGGAACGGUUUAGCAGUAUUAUAAAAGCUUCAGCUUCAUAUAUAUCGGUUCUAAUAGCAAUGUAUUGAAGCGAUACUACAUCUUGUAGAUAAAAUUUCUAAUAAACGUUAGAUACUGAUUGUUGUUUAGUUGAGGAAAAAUUUG